AUGGGCCAGCAAGCAUCCCUCCCGCAGCCGGGGACAAGCAUCCAAGUGAUCGGAGCAGGCCUCUCACGAACAGGGACAGCAUCGUUCAGCCGAGCCCUAGAGAUCCUCCUAAGAGGACCAAUCUAUCACUGCGGCACGCAAAGCACCCUGGGCGCACCCUAUCAGGUCCAGUUAUGGAUCCAGAUCCUCCGCCACUGGCUAUCUGGUUCUGAUACAGACCGACCAACCAUGCUCCGUCUGCUCGGUGAGCAAAUGGACGGCUACGCUGCUAUCACCGAUGCCCCGGGCACGCAGUUCGUUCCCGAAUUGAUGGAGCUGUACCCGGACGCCAAGGUGAUUUGUACCAUCCGCGACCCGAUCUCGUGGGAGAAGAGCUUUGCACAGGUGAUGAACAUCACAGGCUUAUGGUUCCUUCCAUGGGCUCUUCUCCCCGUGCCGGGGAUGAUCAACUAUUUCAGAUAUUUGACUCUGCUCGGCCAGCAGUGGAGCAGACUGUAUGGGGAGUCUCGGCCUACGCGCCAGACCUAUUCACGACAUAUCGAGUGGUUGAAGGAAGUUGUUCCGGAAGAUCGAUUGGUGUUUUUUGAUGUUAAAGAGGGCUGGGAGCCACUGUGUAAAGCGUUGGGUAAAGAUAUCCCGAUGGACCAGCCGUUUCCGCAUGUCAACGAUUCUGAAGCUAUUGAUCGGAUUGCGAGGUACCAUGUUCGCCGUGGGUUGAUAAGGUGGGCUAUUAUUUUUGCCGUUGGGGCUGUUGGAGUGGCAUUCUUUUGGCGGAGGUAG